GGCAACAGGGAGUGGGUGACAGUUAUAGGCGCGAUUUGUGCCAACAGAUCUCACCUCCCCCCUGCCAUAAUCUAUCCCGCGGCUAGUGAGAAAGUGCACGAUAUCAAUCCAGAUACUCACGAUCUACGAUUCUCAGUAUCCCCAAGUGGCUGGACGAACGACGAUCUUGGUGUUGCCUGGCUGCAGCAGUGGCUAAAGCACUUCAACACUUAUACAAAGACUUGCGUUGUUGGUGCGCGUCGCCUACUUGUCCUUGAUGGCCAUAAGAGCCACCACUCUCUUGAGUUUCAAGAGCUCUGCAAGGAGAACAAUAUCUACACACUCUGCAUGCCGCCUCACUCAUCUCAUCUACUUCAGCCUCUUGAUAUUGGCUGCUUCUCGCCGUUGAAGCGCGCGUACAGCUGUGAGGUUGAGAGCCUGAUCCGCCACCACAUCAACCACAUCACUAAGCUUAAGUUUCUGCCAGCGUUUAAGGCAGCCUUUACACGAUUGUUUACGCCAGACAAUAUCUGCUCAGCGUUUAGAGGCGCAGGCCUUGUUCCUCUCUAG